GAGAACUGCUGAGGGGAAUUAAAACAAAAAAACAGCCCGUUGCCUGAGGGGUGGAGGUGGGACGGGACGGGACGGACGGGCGGCGAGCUGCUUGCUGUGCUAGUCCCGCAGUGUCUCCCCUUCUUUUUCUUUCUUGGCACAACCCGAAGGAAGAAAGCGACUGCGAGAGUCCCGCGGGAGAUGGCUGCAGAGAUGGACCCUAGCAGCGAGCAAGGUCUGCUGAAAAAUGAAGCCAUUCCUGAAGUUGGAGAAGAUGCUGCUGCUUCAGUUAAUGUUACAGAAGCCCUGUCUGAAGAAGAACAGGCUGAACUUAGAAGAGAGCUUGCUAAGGUAGAAGAAGAAAUCCAGACUUUGUCACAGGUGCUAGCUGCUAAAGAAAAGCACCUUGCAGACAUAAAGAGGAAGCUGGGAAUCAGUUCAUUACAGGAGCUGAGGCAGAACAUUUCCAAAGGCUGGCAAGAUGUUACAUCUACAAAUGCGUAUAAGAAGACGUCAGAAACAUUGUCUCAGGCUGGACAGAAAGCUUCUGCUGCUUUCUUAACAGUUGGCUCUGCAAUAACAAAGAAGCUGGAAGAUGUGAAAAAUUCGCCAACAUUCAAGUCAUUUGAAGAAAAAGUGGAAAACCUAAAGGUGCCUUCAAAGAGUGAGGAAUCAUUUGCAUCAAUGUUGAGGCGCUCUCCUUUUGUUCAGAUGGGACCUGCCAAAGACAAAAUCGUUCUUGGACAAAUUUUCUACAUCUUAGGAGAUGAUCUCUACAUAGAUUUUGGUGGCAAAUUUCACUGUGUAUGCAAGCGACCAGAAGUAGAUGGAAAAAAAUAUCAGAAGGGAUCCAAAGUCCUCCUGAAACUUACUGACAUUGAACUCUCAUCUAGAUUCCUGGGAGCAAAAACAGAUACAACUUUACUGGAAGCUGAUGCAGUGCUCUUGAGACUUGUAGAAGGCAGAGAAAGUAAACAAACAUAGUAAAUACAUGAACUCCUGUAUAUAUUCACUUGUGACUACAUUUUAAUGAGUCUAGAUGGCUUAUUUGACCGCCAUGUUAAAGUAUUUUUUCAGCCACUGUUAUCUGGUUGAUAAGGUGAAUUGUAAAUGUAAUUUGGUUCUUAAUCUCUGUUUCACUGAUUUUCUUUUCUUUUCAUGUUAUAUCAUUCACACAUCUUAAAAAAAAGUGUCCAAGCUGAUCACUGUAGUUUUGUUGUAAGGCAGCUAUGAAACCUCCCAAUUAAUAACUAUUCUCAGGGAGUCUCAGCAGUUUCUCACUGAGUAACAUUUCUGGCUGGUGAUUCCAAGAAACAGCACCAUCUGGGGCACGAAGCAAUGAACCAGGACAGAGAUAGGUGGGAUUUUGGGCACUUGGGGCCAUGUUCCAGAUUGCAUCCCCACAGAUGUUUUUCCUCUGAAAUAAGUCAGACUACACAUGCUUUUUAAGAAGUGUGAAUAAUGUAACAUAUAGUUUGGCCCCCAUCAGAGUUAUGAAGACCUUUAGUGCACAGUGCUUUUGAAAGGAAUUAUGCCAGAACAUUAACAUUCAUUUUAUUGAGACAUACCUUACGUAAGUUCGUGCUGGAUUGUGUCCUGUAUCUUUAAUCAAAUUACAUCAUUUUAAAGAGAUUUACAUUUGGGCAAUUUUUGCUUGAAGGAUAGCAAAGUCUAUAAAUUAUUUUUUCCACCUGGAGGACCAGUCUGUUGAAAAGUUCUGUGUUGUUUCUUGAGAUCUUUACUUGAGCAUUUCUAUUAAAAGGAGGGUAAACAAGUUUUAAAUGGACUGAUGUUAUCAAGGGUAAUUGUGACUCUUAAGAAAAGCUGCAGCUCUAAAUAUUUCUCACAGCAUGUUCUGAAUAAUAAGAUGUCUUUAAAAAUAACAUGCUUGGAAUGGCAGCAUGUUUUAGCAUAUUCUUCAUUGUAACCAAUAAUAAGAGGUUUGUUUGUCAGAUCGGAAAUGCUCAAAGCAAAAGACCAAAGAAAAGAGAGCUGGAGGUAGAAUCUUUGAGCUUGUCUGUCUGCUUUAAAUUGCGCUCUCAUCACAAUGUUAUUUAUUAGGAGAGUUUGAACAUGAAUUUCCCAGGAUUUUAGCCUCCAGUAAAAGCACUGCUAUUGAAAUGAGCACUAAGUUUACCCGUAUAUAUCCCACUGGGGGAAAAGGACAGCUUAAAGAUUUUGAAGAUUAAGAUUUUGUUUCUCUGUCAGAUGUUCCAUACAAAAUAUGAUAGCAAUGCUUAUAUGGUAUGUGAUUCUAGUAUUGUUAGGAAGUCUUGCUGUUGAAACACUGAUGCUGUUAUAUUCAAAUUAUUUCAGAUGUAGUUGAGUUGACAUUGAUUCCAAAAUAGAACCAAUUUGGAACAAGGAGGGCACACAUAUAUUAAUAAAAUGGAAUAAAUCAUA